AUGGCUCAUGUCGGCGCCCAAAAGGAGAAUGUCGCCGUCGCUCAUCCCAACGGCAACGACGUCGACGAACUCUCCAACCGCCACAUGUCCCCAGCCAAGUAUGCCGCCACGCGAGUGACCACUCUCAAGCCGCCGAUGGCCAAAGCGCCGAACCCAUUCAAGUUGCUGGCCAUGCUCAACACCCAGCAGUGGCUGUUCUUCCUGGUUGCUUUCUUGGCCUGGUCCUGGGACGCCUUUGACUUCUUCACCGUGUCGCUGACCGUGUCUGACCUCGCCGAGACGUUUGGGAAAACGAACACGGACAUUACCUGGGGUAUUACUUUGGUGCUCAUGUUUCGAUCCGUCGGCUCGACCAUCUUUGGGAUUGCCGCCGAUCGAUAUGGUCGGAAAUGGCCCUUUGUCAUCAACAAUAUCCUGUUCAUUGUCCUCGAACUCGGCACUGGCUUCACCCAGACCUACGGCCAAUUCCUCGCGGUGCGCGCUCUGUUCGGCAUCGCCAUGGGAGGUCUUUACGGAAACGCGGCAGCCACGGCCCUGGAAGACUGUCCCGAAGCCGCUCGGGGCAUCAUCUCCGGCAUGCUUCAACAGGGUUACGCGUUCGGGUACUUGCUUGCCACGGCAUUCUCGCGUGGUCUCGUCAACACGACGAGCCACGGCUGGAGGCCUUUGUUCUGGUUUGGCGCCUGUCCGCCCAUCUUGAUCAUCAUCUUCAGAUUGUGCCUCCCGGAGACGAACACGUUCCGAGCGAGACAGGCGCUUCGUGCCCAGCAGGGCAGUUUGGCCGGGACGUUCAUCUCGGAGGGGCGAGUGGCGUUGAAGAGGCAUUGGCUGUUGCUGAUUUAUCUGGUGCUUCUCAUGGCAGGCUUCAACUUUAUGUCGCACGGCUCCCAGGAUCUCUACCCGACCAUGCUGACCAACCAGUUCAAAUUCUCGGCCGACGCCGUCACCGUCACUCAGGUUGUGGCCAACCUCGGAGCCAUGACGGGCGGCACCGUGAUCGGGUACUGCUCGCAGAUCUUUGGGAGACGAUUCAGCAUCAUCUUCAUCAGCAUCAUCGGCGGCGCCUUGCUGUACCCGUACACGUUCGUCAGCUCGCACGCCAUCAUCGCGGCUGCGUUCUUCGAGCAAUUCUGCGUCCAGGGCGCCUGGGGCGUGAUCCCCAUCCACCUGAUGGAACUGUCGCCUGGCUCUCUGCGCACCUUCGUGGUCGGCACGUCCUACCAGCUCGGCAACCUGGCGUCGUCGGCGUCGUCGACCAUCGAGUCCACGAUUGGCGAACGAUAUCCCCUGGAGCCGCUGAUCAACAAGGAAGGCAAGACCGUCAAGCGGUACAAUUAUGGCAAGGUGAUUUGUAUCUUCAUGGGCGCCGUCUACGCGUACGUGAUUCUGCUCACCUUUGUGGGGCCGGAGAAGAGAGGCCGGAGCUUGGAUGUCGAGCACGACUCGGAUAUGGCCGAGGUGACGCAUCGGGAUCUGAGAAGCCAGGGUGAUAUUGGUGGCCUUCACGGGCACGGUGACGGAUCCAGCGAGGAUGAGAAGGCCGUGGCUAGUGAGAAGGUUUGA